AUUCAGAGAAGAUGGUGAGAUCAAAUACAUUGAAGGAGCAAAAGAGUUGAAAAGUUUGGAAAGGAGUACUUUGGAAGUGAGUUUUGAAGACGUGGAGAAGUACAAUCAAAGUCUCGCAACAACCAUUAUCGAGGAAUACUACAGAAUUUAUCCGUUCUUGUGCCAAGCAGUCUGUAACUUUGCCAAGGAUCGUGGAGAGGCCAAGCCAGAGAAGAAGGAAUAUUAUGUCAGCUUUGUGGACGUCCCCACCAAACACAAAGUGCGGGAGUUGACCACUGCUAAGAUCGGAACACUGGUCCGUAUCACAGGUCAGGUGGUCCGUACCCACCCUGUCCAUCCUGAGCUAGUACUGGGCACCUUCCUAUGUCUAGACUGUCAGACCAUUGUCAAAGAUGUGGAACAACAGUUCAAGUACACACAGCCCACCAUCUGCCGCAACCCUGUGUGUAGCAACCGACGUAGGUUCAUGUUGGAGGUGGACAAGUCAGUGUUUGUAGACUUCCAGAAGGUUAGGAUUCAAGAGACCCAGGCUGAGCUACCGAGAGGCUGCAUACCUCGCAGUGUGGAGGUGAUUCUGCGAGCGGAAACGGUAGAGCUGGUGCAAGCUGGUGACCGGUACGACUUCACCGGCACACUGGUAGUGGUGCCAGAUGUGGGAGCCUUACAGCUGCCAGGAGCUCGGGCCGAAAGUGGAUCCCAUCACAAAACAGGAGACAGCAACAACGAAGGUGUGCGGGGACUUAAGGCGCUGGGUGUGCGUGACCUGCACUACCGCAUGGCCUUUCUUGCAUGUAGCGUCACGCCCACUAAUCCCAGGUUUGGAGGUGGUGGAGAUUUCCUGAGUGAAGAGAUAACACCUGAAGUGAUGCGUAAAAACAUGACAGAGGCAGAGUGGGCCAAGAUAUACGACAUGAACCGGGACAAGAAGCUGUACUCUAACCUAACAAACAGCCUCUUCCCCUCUAUCCACGGCAACGACCAGAUCAAAAAAGGAAUACUUCUAAUGAUGUUUGGAGGAGUGCCAAAGACAACAACAGAAGGAACAACACUCAGAGGGGACCUCAACUGUUGUAUUGUGGGAGAUCCGAGCACAGCCAAGUCACAAUUCCUCAAACAGGUGGCUGACAUGAGCCCGCGCGCUGUUUAUACGUCAGGCAAAGCAUCGAGUGCGGCGGGUCUUACAGCUGCCGUUGUCAAAGAUGAAGAGUCAUUUGACUUUGUGAUAGAAGCUGGAGCUCUCAUGUUGGCCGAUAAUGGAGUCUGUUGCAUUGACGAGUUUGACAAGAUGGAUCCCAGGGAUCAAGUGGCCAUUCAUGAAGCCAUGGAGCAACAGACAAUCUCCAUUGCAAAGGCUGGAGUGAGAGCCACACUGAAUGCCAGGACAUCAAUACUGGCUGCUGCUAAUCCCAUCGGAGGACGCUACGAUCGUUCAAAGUCCCUCCAACAGAAUAUUCAACUGUCUGCCCCCAUCAUGUCACGGUUUGAUCUGUUCUUCGUACUUAUCGAUGAAUGUAAUGAGGUCCUGGACUAUGCAAUCGCUCGCAAGAUUGUCUCACUACACAAUAAUGUGGAUGAAUCUGCAGAAAGAGUUUAUACUCAAGAGGAGGUUCUACGAUAUAUUGCUUUUGCUCGUCAGUUCAAACCAAUUAUAAGCCAGGAAGCAUCAACUUUGCUGGUGGAGGUGUACACGCAGUUACGCCAGCGCGAUGCUACGGCCAGCAGCAAGAACACAUGGCGAAUCACAGUGCGCCAGUUGGAGAGCCUGAUCCGUCUGUCUGAGGCCAUGGCCAAGAUGGAGUGUUUGGACGAGGUGCUGGCAAGACAUGUGACUGAGGCAUACAAGCUUCUCAAUAGAUCCAUUAUACGAGUAGAACAACCUGAUGUAUAUCUGGAUGAGGAGGAGACGGAGGCAGAGGAUGCAGGUCUGGCAGCACAACCUCAAGAUCAAGAAAUGGCAGAUGCCAGUGAACCUGUUGCAACUGAUGCAUCUCAACAGAAGAAGAAACUGAAGUUGUCAUUUGACGAAUACAAGUCUAUUGCCAACAUGUUGGUCACCUAUGUUCGAAAUGAAGAGGAUAAAUCUGAUUCAGAAGGUAUCAGGAGAAGUGAUGUUGUCAACUGGUAUCUAGAGAAAAUCUCAGAUCAGAUUGACACUGAAGAGGAACUGGUUGAAAAGAAAGCCUUGAUUGAAAAAAUUAUUGACAGACUCAUAUUCCAUGAUCAAGUCAUCAUUCCAUUGACGUCGUCAAAAGCCAAAAGUGAUGAGACAGAAGAGGAGGACCCGCUCCUGGUUGUUCACCCAAAUUACGUUGUAGAUAUCUAGUGUUUCAAUUGGUGAUUUUUCACAAACUGUAAAUAUACAUUAUGUUUUUAUAAAUA